AAACUAGGUCCUUCAGAAGCUUGGGAAAGCUGAUGAGACAAAAGACGAACAGUUUGAAGAAUAUGUCCAGAACUUCAAACGGCAAGAGGCAGAGGGUACCAGACUUCAGCGAGAACUCCGAGGAUAUUUAGCAGCUAUCAAAGGCAUGCAAGAGGCCUCAAUGAAGCUCACUGAGUCGCUGCAUGAAGUCUACGAGCCUGACUGGUAUGGGCGGGAAGAUGUGAAAAUGGUUGGCGAGAAAUGUGAUGUACUGUGGGAAGACUUCCAUCAAAAACUAGUGGAUGGGUCCUUGCUGACACUGGAUACCUAUCUGGGCCAAUUUCCCGACAUAAAGAAUCGCAUUGCAAAGCGCAGCAGGAAGCUGGUGGACUAUGACAGUGCCCGCCACCAUCUGGAAGCUUUGCAGAGCUCCAAGAGGAAGGAUGAAAGUCGAAUCUCUAAGGCAGAAGAGGAAUUUCAGAAAGCACAGAAAGUGUUUGAGGAGUUUAAUGUUGACUUACAAGAAGAGUUACCAUCAUUAUGGUCAAGACGAGUUGGAUUUUAUGUCAAUACUUUCAAAAAUGUCUCCAGCCUGGAGGCCAAGUUUCAUAAGGAAAUUGCCAUGCUUUGCCACAAACUGUAUGAAGUGAUGACGAAACUGGGCGACCAGCACGCUGACAAGGCCUUCACCAUUCAAGGAGCUCCCAGCGAUUCCGGUCCUCUCCGCAUCGCGAAGACGCCAUCGCCGCCUGAGGAGCCUUCGCCCAUCCCGAGCCCGACAGCUAGCCCCAAUCAUACACUGGCACCCACGUCUCCUGUACCAGCAAGGCCCAGGUCACCUUCGCAGACAAGGAAAGGGCCUCCUGUUCCACCUCUGCCUAAAGUCACCCCAACAAAGGAACUGCAGCAGGAGAACAUCAUCAGUUUCUUUGAGGACAACUUUGUUCCAGAAAUCAGUGUGACGACACCUUCCCAGAAUGAAGUUCCUGAGGCGAAGAAAGAGGAGACUUUGUUGGAUCUGGACUUUGACCCUUUCAAGCCUGAAGUAGCACCUGCAGGUUCUGCUGGAGUGACCCACUCACCCAUGUCUCAGACGUUGCCUUGGGACCUAUGGACGACGAGCACUGAUUUGGUACACCCGGCUUCUGGUGGUUCAUUUAAUGGAUUCACCCAGCCCCAGGACACUUCAUUAUUCACGAUGCAGACAGACCAGAGUAUGAUCUGUAACUUGGCUGAAUCUGAACAGGCUCCACCCACAGAGCCGAAAGCAGAGGAGCGCCCUGCCGCUGCAACGCCUGCUGUUGGGCUGGAACCUGGACACGACGCCGGGGCUGAGGAGCCUAUGGAGGGGGCUGUGAUCGUACCUGGAACUGAUGCUGAUGUGACUGUUGGAACCUCGGUGACCGAGGGGGCCCCGGUGGAGGAAGCAGAGACAGAGAAGGCAGCUCUUCCUGCGGGGGAGGGAGCGAGUUUAGAGGAGGCCAGGAUUGAUACUGAAGCCACAGAAGUCGUGGAUAGCGACAGGUCUCCACCAGAAGAAAUAGAAGCAGCAGCGCCUCAGGAGAAGGUCAUCCCUUCUGUCGUCAUACAGCCCGCCUCCAACAAUGAGGGGGAGGGAGAGCACGAAAUAACCCUAGGUGCAGAGCCCAAGGAGGCCACCGAUGGUGCUGCUCUUCCGGCCUCCACGCCAGAGCUGAGCGCGGAGCAGAAGGCGGGCGAGGACUCCCAGCUGGCGCCCUCUGCUCCAUCUGCAAGUGAGGCCUCUCAGGAAGUGCCUCCCGGCUUUCUCUACAAGGUGGAAACACUGCAUGAUUUCGAGGCAGCAAAUUCUGAUGAACUCACCUUACAAAGGGGUGACGUGGUGCUGGUGGUCCCCUCGGAUUCGGAAGCUGACCAGGAUGCAGGCUGGCUGGUAGGAGUGAAGGAGUCAGACUGGCUUCAGUACAGAGACCUUGCCAGCUACAAAGGCCUCUUUCCAGAGAACUUCACCCGACGCCUGGAUUAGGGCCAAAGUCUUGUAGAAAGAGCCUGGUACUGGGUUUUUAAACCUUCAUGAAAGCCUGAGGAGUUCACUUUUGCUGUUACACUCUUAAUGAUUUACAGACUGAUGCCAGACAAAGCUUGCAAGGGUAUAUCAGUGGAGCAUGUGUGUAAAAAAAUGUAAGAGAAAAAAAGUAAAUUCAGGAAAAAAUCCUCACUGGUUCCCACAUUAUGGAUAACAGGUUUGUUUGUGCUUUGUCCAAGCUGUGGACACUCUUGUCCUUGACCCCUCCCACCAAUCCUAAAGUAGCUUUCUCCAGACCGGAACCUGAAUUUCUCUGCACCAAGUGUAUGGUAGUGAGCGGCUGUCCUGCAGAAGCUGUGUUAAAUUAUCCUGUAGUACGAGAUGAUCUUAUUCCCCUGCACAGGUGUGAGCACGUGCUCUCUCUCUCUCUCCCCCUUUCAAGUUUACUGUGUUUAAAACUACACUGCUGCAAAAGUUUUCAAUGUCCUUUUCCAACACACCUCUCUCUAUAUAUAUGGACACACAAUGACACAAGCUAGUUCCCAUCACUCCUGGAUCUAUGUGUAUGCACACAGUUACAUAUACAUAGUUGCUUUCUUUCCUUCCCAUUGUAGCUCGUGGCCUCUGAGUGUCAUUGAUACAUGCAUUGCUCUUCUUCUGUCUGGCAUUACAGUUGCAGUUUUGCCUCAGAGCAAAACCAGCCAUCCCAUUGCCAAAACAGUCAACAGUAUCUGUGUUUAUAAUGUGCAUUUUUCAGGAUACGAUGACAAAUAGCAUGUCUAAACAGCCGCCCCUUUGGAGAAAGCAGGACCGGAUUAUCUAGAUGUCCAGCUGCUGAGGCUGGAGGUAGGCUAGUCGGGCUGAGCAGCUAAGUAGUCUCAACGUCUGCCUUUCUGAGAUUGGCUAGAUGAUGGGGCCUGUAAAUUCACCCCAAAAGAACUCUCUUUAAAAAAGCUCCUACAUCUUUCCACCUCUUUAUAUUUAUGCAACUCAUCUUCACAGAUUGUCCUAAAAUAAGAUAGGAGAUGUAUGCUGUAUCCACACCAUCUGUAACAGUUAUGUUUCCAGUGCUGUGUCAUUCCAAAUAAACCUUUGGUAAUCUGCAGCAAUUACC